AUUAAAGUGUGUGUGUGUGUGUGUGUUUGUGAAUAAACAAAAUGCACUGGUAACACAUUUAUGGCAUAUUAAAUGACUAGUUACUGUUUAUUUGGGGAUGUUGGGGAUGGGUGGAUGGAAUCUCACAUAAUGUUUCCCCCACCUGGAGGAGGCAUAAAAGCUCUUGCAUUUUUUUUUUUUAGAUGUGACACAGUAUCAGUAUCACUAUUUAUUGUUAAAAUAAGUUUCAGCCCCAUGUUGCAUUGACCGCAUAGUCAGGGGGUAUAUUGGGAUGUGUAGUCCUUAAAUGUCAGAGUGCAGAAAUACUCAUGAGGUCAUGUUACAGUAUGUGAGGCAGCUGCAGCUGCUGUCUUCAGUUGCUGUAGUUAAGGGUGGGGUGGUUGAGUUAACCACUCAAACAAACAUGCAUAAAAAAAGUUGUAUGUUACACUGUUCCAGCCUCAAUCUAUAUUUUAAAGAAUAAUCACACACUUAGUAUAUAGCACAUACAAUGUACUUGUAUAUGUGCUGAAGCAUUUUAGACAAUUGGGGCUUUCUAUUUUGUUUCCAUGUCUUGCUGAUUCCCCAAAUGCCCCGUGUCCUCUUACAGCUGUACUUAUUUAUAUCUGUGAGAUGUGUGAGUAGGUGGUAUGAGUCAGGCUGGUGGUCCUCUGGCAGGACAGAUCUUGGUCUAUGCAUCAGCCAGUCUUUCUCUCAAAGUCUCACAGGGUGGCAAACCUCCGACUUAGUUGGAUAAAUGUGUGGUUGAGGACUUAUUCUUCUCUUAUUUCUAAACCUCAGUGGUUGUUUUGAGUGUUUGUAAGAGUCUGCUGGAAAUGGAGAAGAAUAGAGACGUGGUACUGGGCAUUGAGGAUGAAUCUGGUCAGCCGGUAUCUGCACUAUCCAUCCUAUCUCUACUGGAACGUGUCUCCACUAUCAUUGAUGGUGUGCAGGCCAGCCAGCAAAGAAUGGAAGAACGCCAACAUCAGCUUGAGACAUCUGUUGCUACAGUCCAAUCGGAGCUGCUCAAACUGGUCCAGAAUCAUGGUGCCACAGCAACUACCGUGGACAAGCUGCUGCAGAAGGCCCGGCGUGUGAGUGCUCAUGUGAAGGAGGUGCGUUCACGUGUGGAGAAGCAGAAUGUCCGUGUAAAGAAAGUGGAGACUACACAAGAUGAACUUCUCACCAGGAACAAGUUCAGAGUGGUCAUCUACCAGGGUCAGGCUGAAGUUCCAUCAGUUGCUGUGACAAAAACCCCUAAGGAUGCAGGGUUGGCCAAUGUUGAGGUGGAGCCUGAUGAGUAUGAAAUCCCUGCAGACCUUUCAUCUGAUGAGGAGUAUAUGGUGGUGGAAGAGGCAGAGUCGUCAAGGGCAGCACGGCUGAGGCAGACAGGCCUGAAAGGGAUAGACAACAUCCGAGCGGCUUUCUCCAAGGAGAACAUGAAUAAGACUAAGGAGAGCCUAAGCAAGACAAGCCAGAAUUUGGGCACCAAGAUCAACACCCUGGGUGAGAAGAUCAUGCCUCUUGAGCAGCGGGAGAAGAUGCGUCAGAGUGGUGAGAGGCUGAAAGAGAAUAUUGCCAAGAAAGCUCCCAACAAAGAGUCCUUCCGCAUCAAACUCAAGAAAGAACGAGCUGUUGCUGAGGGCCAGGAGGGGGCUGAGGCAGAGCCUGCUGUGACUCCACCAAAAGGCAGGAAGACCAGCCCAGAAGUCACCUAUACCGAGGUUGUUACAGAAUUCAAACGGGAAGGGCCUGUGUCUGAAGAACAAGCCACUCGUAUUCCAGAGGAAGGAAAGAGUGGGUUGGCCAUAGAAACACCAGAGAAGUGAAGAAAAUAUUGGAGAGGGUGAGAGAAAAAUAUAAAGCACUAAAUAAAAAGCAUAAGAAAGUAUAUUAGAUAUAAUAAAUAAUAGAACACAGUGUGCAAAUAAAAUUUAAAACAAUCACAGCUGAGACUUCAGUCUAAUUACCAGAAUGGCAAAGCUACUCAAUGAGUAAUAAGUACUCGGUGACAUUAAGAGUGAGAUACAUGCCAUUACAGCUGUCUGUGCAUCAAUUCCGUGUUUAGAUGUAACGUUGGAAAACUGCACAAUUGAUCAGCUGCACAACUUAUUAAUUAAAAAGACAAAUAGGGAGUAUGUACUUAUAGAUUAUAUUAGCUAAAGUAGAAAAA